AUUGGUAUUCUUAAAGCGUCUUACACGAGCGCAUGAAGUGGGGAAGGCGAGCGCGAGCUUUGCGAUGGACGCCACGCGUUUACGCGUUACAUUAGACGCGCAGCGAGCGGAUGUACCUGGUGGCGAGGCUGGCGUUGCGUUGUAGUAUCGAUGAAAGGACGUGAAAAGUGUGCUUUCGCUCUCAAAUUGUCUCAAAGGAAGCGUCUUCCUCGCUCUUUGCGGAUUCGGAUCACAAUGUGCAAGUGUUGCAAAUGAAUGCGCUCUUGGUAACCAUGUAAUAGCUGGAUUAAGUCUUCAGGAAGAUAUGGUUCACCUAGUCACUUUUAUGAGCCUCGUUCUGUCUCUGUUUGGAUGCCACAUCUGCUUUGCUGGGGCGAACCGCCCUGCUGCUCCUGUCAAUGUCUCUGUUACUCACCUGCGGGCGGAUUCGGCCACCGUGUCCUGGAAUAUUCCGGAGGGAGAGACCGUAAUUGGCUUUGCCGUCUCACAGCAGCGUCAGGACGGGCUGAUGCAGCGUUUCAUUCGUGAGGUGAACACGACCAGUCGUGCUUGUAUACUCUGGGAUCUGGAUGAAGACACGGAUUAUAUUAUCCAGGUCCAGUCCGUUGGAGUCUAUGGAGAGAGUCUGGCCAGCAAAAAGAUUCACUUCAGGACGCUUAAAAAGUCUGAACAUAUUCAAUCCACCAUGAUGGAUCAAGGUAAACAUGUCUGUUGGAUAAUUUAA